CUGGUCUAUCGAUAUGAAGGUUGCUGUAGUCACCACACUACUAACGGCUCCGGUAUCAUUCGACACCCGUCUUGGUAGCAGAUGCGAUGCCUUUGCGUUUGGCUCAUAUAGACAUAUACCCCCCAUCUCUGAUGCUGUGUCACCUUCAACCCCGAGAUUAGCAUGUAUGUCUGGUCACAGUUUCACCUCGGUUUUCUCGCAUCUCUUCUGUGGACUUCCUUGGCAGUGGCGGAGUAUUAUAUUGACAAUGCGAACACGUCUGUUCAAUACUAUUCCUUGCGGAGCUCAGCAUGGACGCCGUAUGGUGCUGGCAUCGGGUCCAUGACUUUAACUGGGGAUGGCCAACUCAUCCCCGUGGAUUACAGCGUGUGUUAUGACGAAAACUACCGUCUUGGAGUUUGCAUGGCCGAAGACGAAUGCCAGGCCCAGAUCCCUUUUACAGGAACUGGUAUCACCAUAUAUGUGUUGAACGCAGGCUUUCAGGGAGUGAAUGCGAGCCUGAGCGUUGGCACGCUCUUAGUUAAUGGCACCCUUCAGCCUCCCUCUCCCCCCUCCUUUCAAACUCCCAGAGUAUCGCUGUUGGCUAUCCAGUCCUUACCCUACGCGUACUACAUAGCGACUCUUUCGAUACUGGACUGGGCUGGCGGCGCUACGUCGUUGUACUUUGAUUACGCAUUGAUAGAGGACAGCAUCGUCCAGACGACUACAAGUCCUCCGUCGACGCUGACGACGGCCAUUUCAGCAUCACCACCUCCUGCCAGUCCCAUCACGAUGCCCACUACCACCCUGCUGCCGACUGCGUCCACGACGGAGGCUUCAGGGUCUUCGUCGAGCAUUUCAAGUUGCACCAACUGCCUCCGUGCUAUUGAAAUAGCCGUCCCGUGUGCCACUAGUACGCUAUUGGCUGCCGGCGUUAUUCUCUAUCUCAAAUCACGCGGGGCCAAGACCAAGAAAGAGGCGGAUAACCGUGUACCGGAGCUGUUCACCGAUGUGCGGAGAUCGCCCUUACCAUUAACACCUGCUUCUGAGGAGAGGGCGCGCAUGCGAGCGGCACAGUCUCGGUCACCAGAGGUACACACAGAGAUACGUUCUAGUGACCGCCCUUCAACGAGGGACGGACUGCUUUCCGGGUGUUCUUCAGACAUUGGUAGAGAAUCUAGGACCUCCGGUGGGAAUGAAGAUUUCGACGAACUACACACAAAUGACCGCGCCCGUUCCGCACCUUUGGCUGCGGGCCUCCCGCCACCUCUCUCAGAUAAUGUUGCUGCCCUGCAGAGCAGCCCCACGCAGUCUAGCAGUGCUCGUAGUCCUCGGCCUGGCUACAAAUGACACGGGGUUACACAACCCAGACCCUAGACUCUUUCGACGCACCUCGCCCACUGUAAUAUACCAGGACCCAGAUUAUGUGGUUCAAAGUCAAGUGGAGAAGAAAAAUGGCAUUCGACAUUCACACACGGAAGAGUGUCUUAGGUUCACUGAUGAUCGUAGUUCUUUCG